UAGACCCUGCCGACCGCUUCACGGAUAUCGACCAGCUGGUCUUUGCGGCCAUGCUGUUGGGUUCCGUUUUCAUUGGCAUCUUUUUCGCCAUGGGCGAAGCCCAGCAAACUCACAGUGACUAUUUGAUGGCCAGCCACAGCCUGAAUUGUUGGCCUGUGGCAUUCUCCCUCACAGCUAGCUUCAUGUCUGCGUUGACCAUGCUGGAGACCCCGGCUGAGAUCUACCGCUUUGGGCUCACCGUGGGACUCAUCGGCGUUGCCUAUUUCAUCAUGGUGGUGAUCAGCGCCGAAGUGUUUCUACCCAUCUACUACAGGCUGGAUAUCGGCAGCACCUAUGAGUACUUGCAGCUUCGAUACAAUAAAUAUAUACGCCUGCUUGGAACAGUGAUGUUUAUGAUAAUAACGAUAAUAUACACUGGAAUGGUUCUAUUUUCUCCAUCACACGCCUUGAAUAAAGUUACAGGAGUUGAGUUGUGGGAGUCUAUUAUUUCAACAACAGUAAUCUGUACUUUCUAUUGCACAGUGGGUGGCCUAAAAGCAAUAGUUUGGACAGAUGUUUUCCAGUUUACGCUGAUGAUAUGUGCGCUUCUGGCAGUGCUUAUACGGGCUCUGAUUAUUAAAGGAGGAAUUGGUCCUAUUAUGGAUGAUGCUGUCCAAGGAGGAAGAAUAACGAACUGGGACUUUGACCCAAACCCUCUGCGAAGGCAUACAGUCUGGACAGUAGUUGUUGGUGGUACUUUCACUUGGCUUACCAUAUAUGGAACCAAUCACUGUCAAGUUCAACGAUACCUUGCCUGCAAAUCGCAACGUGAGGCAAAAAAAUCUCUGUAUAUAAACCUUGUGGGACUCUACUUAAUUCUGAGUGUUGCAAUUGGAUGUGGAUUUGCAAUGUACUCUAUAUACAAGGAUUGUGACCCAUGGACUGCCGGCUUUGUGUCAGAACCAGAUCAGAUCAUGCCAUAUUUUGUGAUGGAUAUUUUGGGAGACUUUCCAGGACUUCCAGGACUUUUUGUGGCUGGGACCUUCAGUGGAACAUUAAGUACAAUGUCUUCCAGCAUCAAUGCGUUAGCUGUUGUAACUGUAGAAGAUCUUGUUAAACCUAAUUUCAAAGUCUCUGAAACAAACUUGGCAUGGAUUUCCGUUGGAACUAAGGUGCUGUAUGGUUCAAUGUGCCUUUCCAUGGCUGGAGUGGCAUCUGUUAUGUCUAGUUUUUUACAGGCUUCAUUCAGUCUUUUUGGAAUAGUUGGUGGCCCUCUUUUGGGGAUAUUUUCUUUGGGCAUCCUCAUGCCUUUCGCAAAUUCUAAAGGUGCAUUUUCAGGUCUACUUUGUGGGUUUAUUAUUGUUUUGUGGAUUGCAUUUGGGUCUCGGAGGCACCCUGCCCCUCCACACAGAACAUUGCCAUUGCCCCUUUCAGUUAGAAACUGUACAAAUUACAACAUUACACAGUUAACUACUACUCUCCAUCCUACAAUUUCUGCAAGACCUGCCAAAAAAGAUUACUGGUGGUUUUCACUGUCAUAUCUAUACUUCAGUCCAUUAGGAACUUUGAUCACAUUUACUGUGGGAUCAGUUAUGAGUGUAGUAACAGGGGGAUUAGAGCAACAUGUGGAAAGCAAACUUCUGUAUGGCAGAGAGGACAUAAUGGACAACUUCAGGUAUUGGAAAGAUAAAUGGGUACAGCUGUCCAAUAGGCUUCGUCCAACAGUGCAGCCAAUGCAGCCAGUGGUUUGUGGCCAAUUACAGUCUACAAUGGGUUCUGUACAAGAUACCCUACCUUUGGAAGAUAACAGAGAAAGAGAAAGCACCCAACAUUUGGAAGGGAAGAACAACCUGCUUUUGGAAAGUAAGAGCACCCAACUUUUGGAAGGGAAGAGCAGCCUACUUGAAAAGCAUCUCACGUGA